UAUGAGUGUGUCAUUGCCCCCUCACUGAACGAUUUCUCUGGUAGCGUAGUUGAGCUGGCUAUCUGUUCUGGGAUUGUUUUAGCACCAAAUCUGUGGAGGUUCAGUGACGGGUCACUUGGUCAAUAAUGGGUUAUGACACGACGGACUACGGCGACCUAGAACCUCUAGGUAAUUACAUUGAAGAACAAGACGUCCUCAACCAAACCAACUUCGACGCAGAUCUCCCAGCGGACUUCUUGACGUUCAAUGAGCCACCUCCUGAGCAAAAUCUACCUCCUCUACCUCCUCUACCUAUCGAACCUUUGAUCGACUCUUUCAUCGAAGAUCCGUUAGAUUCAUUUGGGCCCUCCCUAAUCGACUCUUCGGCAACACAGCCUCCAACAAUCCAAGAGACCGCAGCUCUUCCGGAUUAUAUAGAUCCCAGAUUUCUGAAUGAUACCAAUGUCUACGCAGGUAAUGGUUUCCAGGAACAGCAGCAGCAGCAGCAACAGCAGCUGAACUAUAACAUCAACUAUCCUGUUGCCAAUCCUUCUUACCCUAGUAAUGUCCAUCAUUACGGGUCUAGCUAUGCUCCCCUGGCUAACAACUACGCUCAAAGUUCUGCCCAGUAUUAUCCUCCGCAGCCGGCGAAUAAUGAGUUCGUGGUGCCCCCACAACCUAUCAACGAAAUACCCGUGAGCGCAGCUCCUAGUGGUAUGCCUGCGAAUGUGCCUGCGAACGGCGAGUCCAUCGAAGACGCACAACGACUGAGUAACAGCAGUUCGGGUUAUACGUAUUCCAGCUACCACAAGAAGGCUGCUUCCAAGCGUCACAGGGUUCCCUCCCCAAUCCUCGAAGGCAAUGAGCCCCCCUUAAAGCGAGCCGAGAAAGGGCCUAAUGGGGAGUUGCUAAGAAGCGGCAGGAUACCCCGGGUCACGAGAAAGGACCAGGCCAGGCCCGACCCUCGGGAAUGGUAUGGGCCUCCUCCGCCUCGCCCCGAGAGCUGGGGCCCCAAGGAUAAAAGCCAACGGCCCCUUUUCAAGUACACAGAAUACGGUGAGCUUGAGCGGGGGAAAACGUAUACCGUUACGGAAAUGCGCUGGUAUCUUUACGGCCCCAAGGUAAGUGAGAAGCAUAUAUUCAAGCUCCCUCAACGACUACCGGGGGUGCGUCAGGUGAAGGGGAAGGUGCGUCAGGGGCUGACGCUCUGGAUUGGCUGGGUGGCGCCUCAGUCCAACGAUCGAUAUCCCCAGGGGCAGCAAUCUCAACGGUGCCGAUUCGCCGACUGCGCCGACCCCAACCGCACCAUCAGGUCGGGGUUCCCGCGCAUCAUCUUCGACGAGCGUAUGAACACGGAAGGUGAGGCCCUCGACCCGUAUCACAACGCUGGGUACGCGCACCUGUUCUGCUUCGAGCGCCACUUCGACCUCGUCGAUGCGUUUUUGCGCCUCGAUGUGCGGCCCGACGAGCGAGAUUUCAAGCGCGAGGAAAACCUCGGCAAGAUAUCGAGGAUAUAUCAGGAUAUUCGAUGUGAAGUAGACGCUUGGUGGGAGACGGAGUUGCCCAAGUAUCGGAAGGCUCGGGAGAUGGGGGGGAAGAGAAAUCGUGCGUACGAGAACUCUUUGAGCUACCGCCUCGUCAAUCAUGCGCUGGAACACACGAGCGAGACCCGCCAAAGGGUACGGGAGACUCGGGCGGGGGCGGAUAUAUCGAAGCAUAAGGGGGAUCUCCUUCGGCAGAAAUUCCUUAGGGAUUGUUUGACUUGGCAACUGACGGACGAAGCUGGUGAUCCGGUUCCCGGCGCUGAGCAGCAGUUACAACAACUCAUGUCAAGGAAGCGCAGGAGGGAGAGUAAGCCUAACCAACCCGCAAAGAGACAGAAACAGAACGAGGACGCGGGACAAGAUUAUCCUUCUACUCCCGGUUCCGGCUACGGAAUUUAUGAUUAUCAGACGCAAUACCCUCCUUCACCGACUGCCUACCCAUCAACCCCAUCGGCUUUGCCCUACAGUCCUAGUUAUGGAAUGAUGCAUUCACCGCAAAUGUAUCAAGAACUCAUCACUCCCUACUACCAACAGCAGGUAGGUACGCCUUCCACGAUGAAUUCGCCAAAGAGUAUGAAUUCACCGAUUACGCCAAUUCAAAAUCCGGCCACAAUGGUGACGCCAAAUAGCCCUCAUACUCCGAGUCACGCGCUACAAGCCGUGGAGGAGUUCAACAAGGCGGGUCCGAGCCAGGAGCAGCAACAAGAUUCUCCAGCGGUUAUCCCAAUAGAUCCUAGGCUUCUGUUAAUCGACAAUAUCACAACUCCUAAAGUACAGGCACAGCAAGCUCAUGAUACAUCAUUGCCGGCGAAGAUAAUAGAUGAGCCGCCUUCUGAAUCCCUGUCUUCUAGCAGCGACAAAGUUGACCAAAACAAUGUGGAGAAGAAUAAUGUCGAUGAAAACAGGGUUGACGAAGGCACGGGGCCUGAGUUUAUCUUGGACGAAAGCUUUUCAGAGUUUAUGGAGGCGAAGACUCAAGAUUUAGAGGAUCUCUUUGGAGAUGCUGUGGUUGAUUUCGACGAGACAGCGGCUGCCGAAGAGCCAAUCGCCGAGGAAGAUGAUGCCUCGCGAGUGAGCCCUAUAGAUACAGCUUAGUUCUUUUUUUUUUUUUUUUUUAAAAAAAAAGAACAAAAAAGUAAGCUCUGACUCUUUUUUCUUUUUGUUUUUUCUGUUUUCUUCUUCUCAUUUGCGUGGGGGGCAGAGCUUUGAUAGGGACAUGGUAAAGAAUGAGUAUAAACUCCCGACCCCCGAAGUCAUAGUCACUAGACCACCCUCGAGGGAUCACAACAUCACACUCUAGGUUUAAUGAAUAGCUGAACUGGUCAGCUUGAGGGAGGAUGGAACGAAAUACAAUACGAAAGAAAUGAAUGAAAGAUGCAUGAAAGG